GAAUGCGUGCGCGAGAAAGCACUUGGGCAAUAAUAAUCGGCGGCGCACACGAUAUUAGCAUAAAUGCAUUAUUACCAGACGACAGCUCUAAUGUCGUGCGACAACCCAACAAAAGCUGUGAUGCAACAUCAGCGCGCCUAAUGGCUCCACUUGAGUACGGCCUGGUAAUGAGCAAAACACUACUUUGCUACGUGCCCUAAGCAUUCCACUCUGAUAAGUUCCUUCAACGAUGCGGCUCUACCCGCUCCUUUUUCUCCUGCUCUUGGAAAAUGUUUGCAGUUUCAAUUUGAAUACAAAUAACACUUUGGUCUAUAAAUCGGUGAACGAAGGUGAUUAUUUUGGAUUCAGCAUUGGUCUCUACCCUGGAAGUGAAAAUGACGAUCCUUGGUUGCUUGUGGGUGCGCCAAAAUCAAAAGCAAUUAUGGAAGGAAAUGCCUCAGUGCCAGGUGCAGUUUACAAAUGCCCCAUUAAGGAACCGUGUCGCAAAUUGAAACUGGACUACACUUUUGACCUGAUCAAACAAAAAUUUCAGUAUAUAAAUUAUUUAACAAUUGACAAGAACACUUUCAAUGAAAUAUCCGACUGCCUUGUUAAAGGCGACUGUUCUGCAGCUGAAGGAAAAAUGGACAGUUUAAAUGCUAGGAAAUACUCGGACUACUACGAUUCAGCAAUGCUAGGAAUGUCUCUUGACGUCACACAAGAUCAAUUCAUAAUUUGCAGUCCACGAGUGAAAAUUUAUUAUCCAAGCAUGCCAGUCUUUCUUCGGAUAUAUGGCUUCUGUUAUUGGGGAGCUUCAGAUAAACUGGGUACCAAAUCAACAAGAACCAUUGUACCCUUGUUUUCUCGAAGAAAUGAUGGCGAGUUCCUGAAAGCAGGCAAUAACAAUGAUACUACCAACUUUCAUUUCAUUUGGGCCCAAGCUGGAUUUUCAACUCAACUAUACAAGGAGGGCCGCAGUGUGAUACUCGGGGCUCCAACUGCCAGGGGUAUAGAGUUAGGCGCCGUCGUUGUUUACAAAGAUCUGAGUAAAUUUGAAGCUCCAGAAAAAACCUGGUUUCGACGAGAAGAAACAAAGUACUUAGGUUAUGCAGUAUCAAUCGGCCGAUAUUAUUCUACCAGUGAAGAGUAUUACGCAGCAGGAGCCCCUGGUUCUGAUUCAAAUGGACAGGUGGUCAUUGGACGGAAAAAUUAUGCAAAAGAAAUACUUAAGGUGGAACAAGCUGAAGGAGCAGAACAUUUUGGUGCUGCGCUCGCAUCAGGUGAUUUGAACGGCGAUGGUUUAGACGACUUGCUUGUUGGGGCACCGCUAUAUUCAAAUCUUGAAACUUUGCAAAAUGAAGGAAGAGUCUUCGUUUAUUUAGGAAGCAAUUCAGGAAAAAUGAAGAGACCAAAGUUAAAUGCCGUAAUUAAUGGAAAGCACAAAAGUGGCAGAUUUGGAUUGACAAUUGCCUGCAUUGGUGAUAUGGACCGAGACGGAUAUGAAGACUUUGCAAUUGCGGCUCCGUACGCUGAUGCUGAUUCAGGAGAAGUUCAAAUUUUCUAUGGUAGUAAAGAAGGUCUAAUGCAUCAGCAGACUUUAAAAGGGCGAGAAAUUUAUCCAGGAUUGUCUGGAUUUGGUUAUUCUAUAUCUCGGGGACAAGACAUCGAUAGAAAUGGAUAUAAAGAUAUUGCCAUUGGGUCAUACCGGAGCGGGCAUGCAGUAAUAUUUAGAUCGUACCGAGUGGUCACCUUAAAUAUUUCCAUGGAUUUUGCUGAACAGGCUCUUUCGGUGAAUGCAACUUCUGUCCUAUUUAAGUAUUGCAUAAAAUAUGACGGAAAAAGCAAGCCAAAAUUGCUCGAUGUAGCUUUUGAACUCAAGUUGGACGAUAGGCUUACUGCUGGAGGAAUUUUAAGCAACGUCGUCACGGUUUUUGAUGGAAAUUCAACGUGCAUUUCGGAGAAUUUCACUGUUCAUCGUCAAACUGUUAAAAUCCCAAUUAAAGUUACUGGUCGCUUCGGGGUAGUGUGUGACAAGGCCAGAAAUAAAUCCAGCGUUAUAAUUCCUACCACAAACGCCACACACAAACUGCCGGCAUCUGAUUUGUUUGACGUGAAUUGCGCCGUUUUAAGAGACAAAUUUGUAGAGGCAAGUGCUGAGAUUAGUUUCUUGUUGGAUUGCGGUAACAAAUCUUAUUGUCAACCAAAUUUCACUAUAAUCAUGACACUUCAUAACAAACAAGACCCAAGAAAGUCGGAAGACAUUUUGGUUGGAUCGGAUGAAGCAUCGCUAAAUUUGCGAAUUGAAAACAAGGGUGACCAUGCCUUCAACACCACAGUCCACAUUCAACUUCCUGAAAGCCUUAACAUUUCUGAAAGUUGCGAGAAGAUAAAUGAAACAACUAUUUGCAACGUCGGAAAUCUGUUUGCUGGUUCCAGUUGGUCCCAGCAAAUGUAUAUUACCCAAGACAAAUUAUCUGGUGAAGCACUGAACUUUGCAGUUGAAGUAGCCGCUGAUGCUGAUGUUCUGAGCAGAAAAUUGCUAGCAACGAGUUUUUCAGUUCCUCUCACUUACGCAGCAAACAUUUCAGUUUUCGGAAUUAAGAAAGAUGAAACGUAUUUGUUUAGCUUAAAUAAAAAGGCUAUAAAUAUGUCUUCUAGGGUUCAGACAUCUUUUGAAUAUUUGCUGGAGAAAUCAGGGCCCAGUCCAUUGAGUGAAGUUAUUCUCAUAGUAAGCAUACCAGUGGCAAAAAAUACAACGGAAAUUAAAAAAUUUGUGACCAUAUGGAAUCCGCAAUUCUUUGAAACAGGAGAGUGCAAAUUUUCGGACGCCAAAAUAACCCAUCCGAGCAAAGAGCGCAACACUACAUAUGAAAAAAGUGAGACACUUUUCAUCGACUGCAUCAGUGGUGAAUGGUUGUGCCAGCACAUCCAGUGCACCAUUUCACUACCUACAAAAACUCAGAGCGCCUCCUUGAAAAUUGAUAUUGAAAUAGAAACAUCUCUUUUGGAAUCGAACUUCAAAUCUAAAAGUUUUAUACUGUUCGAGUCUGCCGUAAAAGCUGAAGUAACGCAACCCAAAAACGUUCAGGGCCAAAGCAUUGGGUUUGACCGCGUUUCAGUGGUCAUGUUUCAACCAAGCGAGGCUCCGAAGGUGGCAUAUUGGGUUUACGCCGCUGCAGGGGCUGGCGCGUUGCUGCUGCUUCUUCUUAUCUCUAGUGGGUUGGCAAAGGCUGGAUUUUUUGAUAGAAAAAUUCACGACGAAAUAAAAGUCAUGAAAAGACAAACUGGUACGUUGGCCACGCAGCGCUUUACAGUGGAAGAAGUCGAAGGUCGCAUAGAGCAGUUGUUCAAAGCUGAGCCUGAAGACACAAUGGCCACGGAAUAAUAUUUGAAUGCACUUUUUUAACUGCGUUAAUUAUUCUUUUCUACUUUCAAUUUUAGUCAAAUAUUGGAAAGAAUUAAUAUAUAAAUAGCCAAAUAUUUUUGGUGCUUCAAAAUAAUUUAUUGUUAAUGGUGUUUUUAUGCAACGUGGUAUUUUAAAGGGGUUUUUAAUCAAGAAUUGAAAUUAUUGAAUUGAAGAGAUCGGGCUUUUCCUCGUUGAAAAGCCCAAUCUCAUUCCAUGAUCAUCUCCUCGAGUGUAAACUUCUUCAAACAAAAUUGAAAUUAUUAUGUGACAAUAUAAUCAUCAAUUAUCAGUAUAUAGAGUGAAAAAUGCUUGUCCUUCCCAAAAUUGUUGCUCUACUGUUAUCUGCUUUAGUUUCAUGAUUGGAGGCAAAAUAAAAAUUAAAAUA